AUGCUCAGAGCAGCAGGAGCAGCGCUGUUGGUCAUGGCGGUUGGGUCGCAGCUGGGGAGCAUCAGCUUCCCUGAAGGCCUCAUCAGCAAUCCGGCUCAGGGAAGGGUUCUGUCAUGGAGCCACCUCAACGAGGGGCAGGGCCACGAGAGCGACAUUUGCUCAAAGUGUGCAGGGCACGCUUGUCCAAUCCUCGGAGAGAGCAAAGACUCUGCCCUGGAAGGAAUCGUGAUCGAAUCAUGGCAAUACGAAACCAAGGAGUUCCGCAAGAUUCGCCUCACCUACAUCGAUGCUGGACAGAACGCUCAGGUCUUCAACAGUGUGUGGUACCCCAGGCACAGCUACGAUGCCCCAGUGUUUGGCAUUGACUUCCUGGCCUUCGGCAAGAAGAAGGUUCUGGCUAUCUUGGACCUGCAGCCCUUGACGCAGGAUCCAGCAUACCUGGAGAACUACAUCGAUCCUCUGAUUCCACUGCGAAACAAGUACGAGGAUCUCUGCGGCAGAAUGUCAAGCAAGUUCUACGAUGAGACUCGCUUCUUCUCCAAGCAGCUGCUGUUCGGAAGAUUCGACAACGACGAGCCUGUGAUGAGCUCGCUCUUCCCGGCCUUCCAAGAGUACAUGGAGUACUACGUGAAGAUGAUCAGGGGGUUGACGCCCGAUGACUCGAAGGACUUUACCUCCCACGUUGCCGAGCUGCAGAGGCAAUACGACCAAUACAGCGCAGAGAAAGACCCUGCUGUUGGCCUCUUCAGCACUUACUGGGGUGAGGAGUGGGCUGAAGACUUCACAUACAACUUUCUCUUCAGCGAAGCGGUUCCCCAGCCCAAACCUGCCGAGCCAAAGGCGGAGUGA